CGCGCCUACACUCGCGACAACAUUCCGGAGUAUGAACCCCCGCAAACAUUUGAAAGCGUUAAUUUACGCCUUUGCCACGGUUGUUUUGCUCCAAGGCACGAAGGCGGAAGAAUCGAGCGAACAGCUUGGCACUGUUAUUGGUAUCGACCUCGGCACGACGUACUCAUGCGUUGGUGUCUACGUCAAUGGCAAGGUCGAGAUCAUUGCUAAUGACCAAGGGAACCGUAUUACCCCUUCGUACGUUGCGUUCACGGACGGCGAACGUCUCAUCGGCGAUGCUGCUAAGAAUCAGGCCACUGCGAAUCCAACACGCACGGUUUUUGACGCCAAGCGCCUGAUUGGCAGAAAAUAUACGGACAAAGAAGUUCAGCGAGAUAUGAAAAUGUUUCCGUUCAAGGUUGUCAAUAAGGACAGCAAGCCUUGCAUCGAAGUCGAGCUCAAAGAAGGAAAAAAAACAUUUCAAGCCGAAGAAAUUUCCGCGAUGGUGCUCACUAAAAUGAAGGAGACGGCCGAAGCUUAUCUUGGAAAAGACAUUAAAAAUGCUGUAGUUACUGUUCCAGCAUAUUUCAAUGACGCCCAGAGGCAAGCCACAAAAGAUGCCGGUACCAUCUCUGGUUUGAAUGUCGCGCGAAUUAUCAAUGAGCCAACAGCAGCUGCAAUUGCAUAUGGCUUGGACAAAAAAGGCGAAAAGAAUAUACUCGUUUUUGAUCUUGGAGGUGGAACAUUCGACGUAUCCAUACUGACUAUAGACAACGGUGUUUUUGAAGUCGUAUCAACAAAUGGAGACACUCAUCUCGGAGGUGAAGACUUUGACCAGCGCAUCAUGGAAUACUUCAUGAAACUGAUAAAAAAAAAACAUGGCAAAGACGUAUCAGCCGACGUGAAAGCUGUACAGAAGCUUCGCCGAGAAGCUGAGCGAGCAAAGCGCUCUCUCUCCAAUCAGCACCAGGUCCGUGUUGAGAUAGAAUCUCUUCAUGAUGGGCUCGAUUUUUCGGAACCGCUGACUCGCGCUCGCUUCGAAGAAUUAAACAACGACCUGUUCCGGAAAACGAUGGGACCCGUCAAAAAAGCCAUGGAGGAUGCAGGAAUGAAAAAGUCACAGAUCGAUGAAAUUGUCCUUGUCGGCGGGUCAACUCGAAUUCCUAAAGUUCAAGCGCUACUAAGAGAAUAUUUUGACGGUAAAGAACCAAACAAGGGAGUCAACCCCGACGAAGCAGUUGCAUAUGGCGCAGCUGUGCAAGGAGGAAUCCUCUCUGGGGAAGGUGGAGAUGAAACAAAAGACAUCUUGCUUCUUGAUGUUGCUCCCCUCACUCAGGGAAUCGAAACCGUCGGAGGAGUUAUGACAAAGCUGAUUCCUAGGAACACUGUGAUCCCGACCAAAAAAUCACAGACAUUUACCACUUACCAAGACAAUCAACAGACUGUGAUGAUUCAAGUGUUCGAGGGGGAGCGAGCCAUGACGAAAGACAAUCAUCUACUCGGAAAGUUCGAGCUCACGUCCAUUCCCCCUGCUCCGCGCGGUGUUCCUCAAAUCGAGGUAACUUUUGAAAUUGACGCAAAUGGCAUAUUGAAUGUCGGUGCUGAAGACAAGGGAACAGGGAAAUCAGAGAAAAUCACCAUCACAAAUGAUAAAGGCCGGCUUUCUCAAGAAGAGAUAGAGAGGAUGGUCGAAGAAGCUGAAGAGUUUGCUGAGGAGGAUCGGAAAAUCAAGGAGCGCGUUGACACCCGAAACAGCCUCGAGACAUACGCCUACAACAUGAAGAACACGGUGACAGAUGACGACAAGCUGGCAAGCAAGCUCGCAGAUGACGACAAAAGGCAAAUUGAAGAGGCCGUCAAAGAAACUCUUGAUUGGCUAGACGAUAACCAAAACGCUGAGAAAGAAGAGUACGAAGAGAAGCUGAAGGACAUAGAGUCAGUUUGCAAUCCAAUAGUUUCCAGAGUCUAUCAGCAAGGUGAAGAUUCAAACAAUGAAGAGAUGAACGAUGAUUUCGACGAUCACGAUGAGCUUUGAAUCUUUUUGAUCGAACAAACAGCGCGGCUAACUUAUUUCUCUAUCGAGUGUGAUUGGUUGGAUCUGUGCAAGAUGCACAGCGAACGAAGGUACCUUUCGUCUGAGAAGGGUGUGUGAUAAUUUUUAAAAAACACGAGGAUAUUUAUGUUGAUAAUAAUAAUAAUUCUCCAAAGGCCG